AUGAAGCCGUUCAACGCCUGGCUCUACGCCGGCCUGUUGAGUGCGACUGCCGCGACCGAGCUUCUCACCCCGGACAAGGUGGAAGCCGGGAUUCAAAAGGACCGGUUGGAAAAUGUCCUGUGGAACUUGAACAAAAUCGGCAACGACAAUGGUGGAAACAGAGCGUUUGGCACAAGCGGCUACAAGGCGUCGGUGGACUUUGUCCUCGAACGCGUGGUCAAGCGCUUUGGCAAACACCUCGACACAUACGUCCAGCCCUUUGAGCAUCUCUUUCACCAAGUGAAGAGGAUCCAAGUCAAGGGCCCCGACGGGACCCAAGUGUACGUCGUUUCUCUCCAGUACAACCCCGCCACUCCUCUUCCCGGUGGCAUCACUGGCGAGCUCGUCCACGUGCCCUACGAGGCGGACCGCGGCAGCGGGUGUUUUGAGGAUCAGUGGCAGAACAUUGAUGCCAAGGGAAAAGUUGCUCUGCUGAAGCGAGGAGGCUGUACGUUUGCCGACAUGACGCUCCUGGCAAAGGCAGCCGGAGCCAAGGCCGUCAUCUUCUACAACCAAACGCCCGGCAAGAACUACAGCACCGCCACGCUGCAGGCGAAAAACGUCGGCAAGCUGAUUCCUUCUGGGCUCGUUUCCCUAGAGGACGGUGAAGCCUGGGCUGGACGUGUGGCAGCGGGCGAGAAGCUCAGCGUCACCCUGGUAGUGGAUGCCGUCUCCGAAGUCCGCGAGACGUGGAACAUCAUUUCGGAGACGAAAGCCGGCGACAAGAACAACAUCGUCAUGCUUGGCGCGCACUUGGACAGCGUUCUCCCGGGGCCCGGGGUAAACGACGACGGCAGCGGAACCGCCGCCUUGCUGGAGAUUAUAGAGCAGUUGAUUCGAUAUCAUGGCAUCAAAAACACGGUUCGGGUCGCGUGGUGGGGAGCAGAGGAGAGCGGCUUGAUCGGAUCGUUAUACUACGGUUCGAACCUCACCGAGGCGGAAGCUGACCGGGUCAAAUUCUACUUCAACUACGACAUGAUUGGGUCUCCCCAUCCCGAGUUCGUCGUUUACGCAAAUGACGAAAGACACAAAUUUGGCGGAGCACCGUUGUUUGACUAUCUGCAGGCUCACGGCAAGCCAGCCAAGUAUGGGUAUGUGACAACAUUCACGAAUGGCCGCAAAAGCAAAGAAGCUAACACUUGGGGGAAAAAAGCAAAUUCGGUUCUUCGUCUGACUAUGUCGCCUUUCUCAACCUGGGAAUUCCAUCGUCUGGAAUUUUCACCGGUGCCUCGCCCACAACUGACCCGUGCUACCACCAGGCUUGCGACACCGUCAACAACAGGCGAGAGGCUCAGCGUCCCCCUGGUAGUGGAUGCCGUCUCCGAAGUCCGCGAGACGUGGAACAUCAUUUCGGAGACGAAAGCCGGCGACAAGAACAACAUCGUCAUGCUUGGCGCGCACUUGGACAGCGUUCUCCCGGGGCCCGGGGUAAACGACGACGGCAGCGGAACCGCCGCCUUGCUGGAGAUUAUAGAGCAGUUGAUUCGAUAUCAUGGCAUCAAAAACACGGUUCGGGUCGCGUGGUGGGGAGCAGAGGAGAGCGGCUUGAUCGGAUCGUUAUACUACGGUUCGAACCUCACCGAGGCGGAAGCUGACCGGGUCAAAUUCUACUUCAACUACGACAUGAUUGGGUCUCCCCAUCCCGAGUUCGUCGUUUACGCAAAUGACGAAAGACACAAAUUUGGCGGAGCACCGUUGUUUGACUAUCUGCAGGCUCACGGCAAGCCAGCCAAGUAUGGCAAAUUCGGUUCUUCGUCUGACUAUGUCGCCUUUCUCAACCUGGGAAUUCCAUCGUCUGGAAUUUUCACCGGUGCCUCGCCCACAACUGACCCGUGCUACCACCAGGCUUGCGACACCGUCAACAACAUCAAUUGGGAGGCCCUGACUGUUAACACCAAAGCCGCUGCCAGAGUUGCAGCCCAGUUCGCGCUGAGCCUGGAGGGGGUUCCGCCCAGGAACAAGACCACGAUUAACCCAAGAAGCAGACGGGGUGUCAGGAGAGCGUUUGACGACUGGGCUGAUACCGUGGACGUGGUUGAGAAGACGCACAACUGCGGCCCGGGCGAUAACCUGUAUUAG